GUUCUCACGCCUUUGAAGGUUAUAACUCGUAAGCGAAAAGUGAUGCUGCUGAUGCAGCUUCGAAAGUGCCUUUUGGGGCGCAGGAUCAUCAACCUGACCACACUUUCUACCGGACAGCACAGCCUCUAUCUAAUCCAAUCUGAUCUUCGGCAAUUGACGCUCCCGCGCCCUGAAAGCACCGCGCCUGCAGUUCAAUGACACCUCUACCCGGACAAAUCGAUAGUAGCGACGUUUGUCUUUUUCUUGAUUGUUCUAAUAGGAACCCAAACAUGUAUCCGUAAUGAAGUAACCUGCACGAUCCGCUAACACUAGAAGGAGGGAUUUAACGAGGAGAAAGCGAGCAUGAAGCUCAUUUGCCAUGUCUAAGACAGCGGUGAAGAAGCUGCACUGGCGUUCCAAGGUGCAGGACAGCUUCGUCCCGUUGCUCGGCUCACCGGGGGAGCUGGGUAUCGCCAUUGGUGGAGGAGCAGAUUAUGGAGAGUUUCCUUUUGUCACGUCGGCUCCGGGGGGCGGACUCACAGUGGGUGAUAUCAUCCUAGAGAUUGGGGGAACACCAGUAUUAGGGAUGACUUUAGGAGAUGUCCGCGGCGUCCUCAACUCCUGCCCCCAUCCGAUCCGCAUCAAGACUGUGUCACCAGGCUCCGCAUUGUGCAAGGAUCUCAGGUUGUAUUUGAGCAAGUGUUUCACCCCCGGCUCAGUGGACAGCCAACUUCAGCAGGUCAUCCGAGAGAACCUCUACCUCCGCGCUGUACCCUGUACAACCAGACAGCCCAGAGAUGGGGAAAUCUCAGGCGUAAACUACAACUUUGUCUCCAUUGAGGAGUUCUUCUCCUUGGAGGAGUCGGGAGCGCUGCUUGAGAGCGGAAAGUUCAAAGGGAAUUACUACGGCACACCUCGGCCCGUUCACAUCAGCGCAGAGAGCCCCCCCAUCACCUACCAGGAACACCGCAACCUGCUCAGAAACUUCCGCACACGCAGCAAAUCGCUCAGCAACCUCGAGAAGCCUGCAGAGGACGGCGAGAACAGCGAGGAAGACUCGGGCCUGUCAGGAGGCUCUGCAGGUGUCAACAGCAGCGUCCCUCCUAGCCAUCGGUCCCCCGGGCGGCCCCGGGCUUCCAGCAGCGGGGAUGGUCGUGCCAUAGAGAACGGGAUCAUCGGCAGCAGAAGUGGUGCCAGGGUGAGAGGUGUGAUGCCUGAUCACUGGGAGCAGGCCUUCAGUGACCCCGGCGAGUCUCACUACAUAGAUUGCAACCCAAAGAGGACCAACUGGCAGAGUCCUCGAGCCUCAAGCAGAGAGACUGUCUACAAAAAUGAAUGGUUCACGGACCAGCCUGGGGAGCUCAGGGGUUUCCCCGUGCACACCCACUUGACCAAGGGCUCCAGGGGGUUUGGUUUCAAUAUUGUCGGGGGCAGCAGGCCAAGAGAGUUCCUCCAGGUCUACAGUGUGACUGCAAGUGGUCCCUCAGCACUCAAGACAGCGGACAUCCUGGUGUACAUCAAUGACUUUUGUGUGUUGGGGGUGUCUCACAAAGAGGUGGUGGAGAUGCUCAAGUCUGUGCCUGUGGGCCACACUGUGGAUGUAGAGGUUAGAAGAGGGUAUCCCAUGCUCUACAACCCUGACGGUUGUCCCAAGCAGCCUCCGCCAAGGCUACUCGACACCGGGGAACCCAUCCUACCACCCACCACCACCCAGCCUCAGCCUCUGCACCAACUACCUCGUCUCCCGACACCCACUCCCAACACCCAGCACUUUGACUAUAACGGGCUCCACAGUGACGGGAGGUACAUGGAACCGGGGGCGACUCUAGACGCUAAUGGAAAUGCUAUGUCUUUUGCUACCAGACAGCCGGCCUCAUACAGACGCUCCAGCAUGAGCAACGCUGCCUCUCCCCCGCCUGUGCGUCCUCCUCGUUCACUGAGAAGUUUAGCCCGGCUGCAGUCGUUCGACCCAACGCUCGCCAGCCAGAGUGACAGUGAAGUUGUUUCUGCCAUUGGUUCCCACAGGGCAUCAAUUAUCCGUAAUCACAACAAUAACUCCCUCUCAACACCCCCUCAUCCUUAUCGUCACGGCACAUCCAAGUCGUCUGAGAGUGACCUGUCCACCUGCACUCUGACGGGGUCACGGCUGCCUCUGCCUCAGUCACCGAGGAGGCCCUCGUCCUCCCCCGGCGGCCCCCACAGCGCUCACUCCCGCCUCUUCAGACCGCAGACCUCACAUCUCAGACCUCCUCCCACCCCUGACAGCCCACACCAUUACCGUGGCUUUAACGGUUUCCAUGGCAACACCAGCCCCACUGCAAGUCGCAGCAGUGUGUCCUCUCCUGGGGCAAUGAGUGUGGGCAGUGCAGUUGGCAGUUUGAGCGGAGGGGAGCUGGUGCCGGUGGCCUUGGGCAGGAUCGAAGGAGACCGAGGACUCGGCUUCAGCGUGACGGCUGGCGGUCCGGGAGGCAGGAUGACUAUAGUGAAAAGAGUCUGGGACAGGAAGCAGUGCAACUCCCUGCAGCCAGGGGAUGCUAUUGUCAAAAUCAACGGAGCAGAUGUCCAGAGUCUUAGUUUUACACAGGUACAAACAGUUCUCCAGGAACACACCAAACAGGCGGAAGUCAUCUUGUUGAUCUACAGAGGAGGCAUCUAUCACUCAACCAUCUCCCCCGGCUCCACCCGGAGACUCCCUCCGCCUCUACUCCGCCCUCCUCCUCCACCUGUCGGUUCAGACAUCUCCUCUGUGCUCCCAGAAGCACUGCCUAUGCCCCGUACCUGCAUCAGCAACCCUGCCUCCCCAGGCCCGAUGCGCUCCUCGCUGAUCCAGAGCACCAGUUUUUUGGAGUCGAUUCCAGUGACCCUGACCAUGGAACCCAAAGACUGGAUCAACACGGGCCUGGAGGACGAGGCGGGCGGUGUCACAGUUCCUGACUCCGGUCUGGAGAGGGAAGGUGGGGAACGAACUUGGCCGCUCAGAGGGUUUGAUGUGGAGCUGAGGAGAAAGCCAGGAGAGGGCUUUGGGUUCGUCAUUGCAUCUCAGGAUGUGGAGAAUGGCAAAGAAAGAACAGAGGGGACCUGUCUCUGCAUAUCUGCCUUUAUCCUCUAUCAUUUCCUCUUCCCAUCUCUCUCUUCCACUUCCUCUCAUCAGUCUUUCUCUCCAUCGCUCUUAUCUUCACAGCCCUCGCAGAGGAUCAACAGAGGGGACAGCCAACCUGUGUUUCAGCUCCUGUUGACCGUUACAUGUGAAUCUCAACACCUUCAAGCUGCCCGACAAGGAACUGAGGAUUUCAUUUUUUGGUUGUUUUCUGCGCAUGCUAAUCAAAGAACCAUGCUGGAGAGACUACAGUCUGCUUUGAAAACUGUGAAGGAGUCUAAACCUGCUUCACUUCUCCCUCACCGGUUUGUGACGGUACGACGAGGCAGCCCGGCGGCCAAGAGUGGUCAGAUUCGGCCUGGAGAUCGAUUAGAGGCAGUAGAGGGACGCUCGGUGGUGACUCUGCCUCAUCGGGAACUUGCUCAGAUCCUUCGUCGAGCAGGAAACACUCUGCGCCUCACCAUUGUCCCCCGACCCAGCACCUAUUCUUCAAGCCUUUCAGAAACCACUGAGUAUGACCCCGGUAACAGAGGCAGAAAGGGUCAGAGGUUGCGUCCAAAGCGUGACUCCAGGUAUUACAGUGUAGACCUGGAUCGUGGCCACUCAGGCUUCGGAUUCAGCCUUAGAGGGGGCAGCGAGUACAACAUGGGUCUCUACGUCCUGGGACUGAUGGAGGGCGGGCCAGCCUCACGGAGCCUAAAAAUGCAGGUGAGCGAUCAGCUUGUGGAGAUCAAUGGGGACAGUACAGCAGGGAUGACCCACAGCCAGGCGGUGGAGCAGAUCCGCAGAGGAGGCCACCGCAUCCACCUGAUCCUCAAGAGAGGAAACGGCUAUGUGCCUGACUAUGGCCGUGAGCAGAGAAUCGCCCCCCCCUCCCUCCUGCAUCACCCCAAGGAGCAGGGUUUGGCUGCAGUAGACUCCACCGGGCGGAAGGGGCGCAGCUCCAAGCAGAAGAGGAGAAGCAGUUCUUCAGAUGGACGUGAAAAAGAGGAAGGGACAGGAAGGUGCAGAAGAAGACGGGGCUCAGAGGGAGGAGGAAGCCCGGCUUUACAAAGCCCCAUCUCUGAGCGGGAAGAGAGGUCUCGGGAAGCCAGGGACAAGAGGAGGAGGAGGAGGAGGAGGAGGAGGAGGAGGAGAAAGAAAGAGUCCCAGAGUUUACCCAGAGAUGCCCUCAGGAGUUAUGAUGAUAGUGACACAGAUAGAGGGACAGUGAGGGGAAGGAAACGGGAGAGGGAGAGAGGGAGGAGCAAAAGCAGAGAAGGCCAAACUGAGGAGAGGGUGAGGAAGGCAGAGGGUAAAGAGUCUGAGGAGAAGGAGGGAGAGCAUGAGGUGCCUGCUGUUGAGGAAAAGGUGGAGGAAGGAGAGGAGAGAGUCAGUUUAGAGAUAGAGGAGAGUGACGAUGAUGUUUUCUUACCUAUUCCAAGUCUCAAGCAAAAGCUUCCCACACCCAAACAAAACUGGGAGGUGAUGUAUGAUGAAAAGUGGGACAUGGCAGCAGAGUACCGGGAGCAGGAGAGGCCACGGGGUGAUUACACGGGUGGCAGCAGAGAGCCAGGGCUGAAUGAGGAUCAGCAAGACGACAAUGCCCAAAGCUGGCGUGUCGAGAGGCCUUCCCGAAGCGUUGCUGCGAUAGAUCCGGUGUCACAGAGAAAGCACUUCUCCUUCCUCGCCUCCAAACUGUCGGUAGAGCAGCUUGACGAUGAUGAGUUAGAGUCCGGAGGCAGCGAAUCUGACAGCAGCGUGUCGGCUGCCAGCAUCUCGGGCCUUUCUCUGGCCGCCACAGAAGCUGGCGAGCACAGGGUAAAGGUGCUCCCAGGCCCUUGGCUCCCACCCAGCCAGCAGAGGCUUGCUCAGGUCGUGGAGGGUGACAGGCGCCCCGGGAGGCAGACAGGGCAGGCAGGAGGGAGAAGCGCUGUCUUUUAACUGGAAGUAGAGCACGCAGCAGUAUCAGAUCCUGUCAGUCUCACACCGUUAGACCUCGACUUGUUUUUCUGCAGCUACCCACACAACCAACAUGUUCUCUCAGUCACUUUGAUAUCUACAGUAUGAAGUCAUAUUCUUUGUGCCUUUUUAGAGCUGACCUCUGGCUGAUGUUAAAUGUCAAAAUCACAACUUGUAAAUGACACCAACAUGGUAAAGUUAUGUCUGUUUUGCUGGUGAAAAAAACCCAAUAACAUUGUCUUUUUUUUUUCGGAGGCACUGUUGCCCUCACUAUGUUUCACUCCUCUCCUUACUUUUGCAGCAUUAGUAAUUAGGAAAUGUUUCCCGGACAACAAGGUAUUUCAGACACCUUGGUUUAACCUACUUCCUAUCUCUCAGUCACCUCUCGGCAUCUCUGUCUUUGCGCCGCUUUAGCAGAGUAAUCCUCUCUAAAGUACCGCCCUACUGUACAAAGACAUUCAUGUAUACCUCAUGAAGAUACUGAGCAAUAAAAAUGCAACUGUCCAAGACUAUCAGCCAUCCGUUCCCACUGCACUGCACCACAUCGAUCUGGCCGGUAACACGUUUGUAAAAUAUCCUCUUUGUCUUAUGUGGACACUUGCCUCGACUUGUAAUGUUGUUCUAUAUAACUGAAUAUUUGAUUGUGAUAAUGCAAAUCCCUUUUAACAGCAGGUGUGACAUCUAUAUUCUGUAAAUAUUUGUAGAGAAAUAAAUGACAGAACCUAUUAUAAAUACUAUACUAACUUGAGCCAAGCCCUGAUCUGUAUUACUUUAUUGUAAUACACCAUGAUAAGUCUAUAUAUAUAUAUAUAGACUUAUCAUAUAUGCAGUAUAUCUAUAUAUUACAUAAAACAGCUUCCCAGUCAUUUUAUUUAUUGUGUGAUGAAUUUUUGUGAAAAUUGGUAUAUAGCUUAUGUGAUGGCUCAAACUAUAAACACAGACUAAGAACUAUAUUGUACCUGCCCUGUUCAUAAAUGAAUGUUUUGUAAUAUGCUGCUUAAGUGUGAAUUAGGAUACUCUAUGUUGUACCCUAUUUCAGAGAUCGGUAAAAGAGUCCCAAAAUAUGCAUCCGGUGUGCAUAUUUCAAGUACUGUUAAUAUUGUGUAUCUGGGGUCAGAACAAAAACACUGUCUAGAUUCGAGAGAGUGCUGUGCCCUUCGUGCCACGUACAGUUGCCUUGGUAACAUAAACCACUUUAUCCUAACCACACAUUUUUCUUACUGUGAAAACCAUUGCUCUGAGGUUUCUAAUACCACAGUAAGGUAGGCUGUUUAGUUUUUUUUUUCAGUCAUGCCAAAAAAGGCUCUUACUGUAAAUCCACAAGAAUAAUCAUGAUUCCUAAUCACCUUUGCAGGAUCUGAGCUCAGUGUUGCGUCUAAGAUGGCAAAAUAGCACAUCAUUUUGUUUUGCUCUCUUUAUACACAUUCUGUUAUAAAGAAACACAUCCAGGCUGAAUGGAUAUUGUGAGAUGUUAUUUUUCUAUGAAAUUGUCUUUUUUGACUCAGGUUUUUGCUCUAGAUAAGCCAUUAGGAAGAAAAGCUACAAAGUGACUUCACACCAUUUUCAUAACACAGAGUGGAUUCAUAUUAUUUAAAUGUAACGUUGAUUCGUUAUGGCAGCAUUUGGAGAUGGAGACUGUUACGGAUGUUUGUUACCAGCCCAUAACUAUUAAGGUUGAUGCUAUAAGUGAAGUCCUUCAUUGGUACACAAACCACAGAACUGAAAUGAAGUGCUUAGUGUGCCCUGCCCAUUUGUUUGCAGUGCUGUGCCGCCCAGAAAUGGUAGUACAGUGACCAAAUCAACACACUAUUGCCCAACCAAUGACCAUACAGAGUAGCUCGGUAGCCUAUAUGUAAGACUUAUUUUAUAACGUUUUCUAAUGUUCUUUUUUUAGACUUUCAUUUCCUAAGGGGGAUCAUAUGGCCGAACUGUAAACACAUUCUAAUAAAACUGCAAAUAAACUGCUGAACUCAU